UACGACUUUAAUUAUGGCAACAUAGUUCAAAGAUUUUUAAAAAGUUAGUCAAAAUGGCGGCCCUGGAUGAAGUUGACGUAUGUGAAAGUUGGGAGGAUAUGGACGAGAUAGGUUUAGAUCAAAAAAUCAAACUAAUGUCCAGUGAAUGCGCGCCUGUCAAAAAUCACAGGGGUUGCAAGGUUACUGUAGAGGAUAGCGCGUGUAUUGGGUCCCAGUGCGUGAUGCCGGAGCCUGCGAUUCGUAUUCUAAAACGGCCGUCGUCCUCUGGAAGCGGUCAGUUGAACGGCGAGAGUAGAGCGCGGCCUGUCAAAACCCUUGAACAAAGGCAAAAAGAAUACCAAGAGGCCCGUCUCCGGAUACUUGGUGAGGCGCGAAGCCCCGAAGAUGUUAUCGACGAUAACCUAAGCCGGUUGCAAGAUAAACUACAAGCAAAUAAUCUCAAUGACAACCAAAAUCACAACACUAGUAAAACGAAAAACAGUAACAUUGAAAAUAACACCAAAGGCAAAGAGCGCAAAGUUCUGUCGCGGUUACCACCCGGUGCAACUGCUGCUGGUGUUUUCCCAUCCCCACCACCAAGAGGUGUACUAGUUAUACGUACCCCUAGGGGUCCCGAUGGCACAAAAGGCUUUGCAAGAAGGUAGCAUUGCCAGUAUGUCAACUCAUGACUCACAUAUUAAAAUAAGCUCCAUCCAAGCAACUUUCACAUUAAAAUUGAAUUGUUGCUGCUUGCGACAUGUAUAUAUUAUUAUGAUACAAGAACUUUACAAUUUGUAAUUUAUUUAGUUCCAUCAUCAAAAUAUAAUAAUUGCAAUAAGUGAUAAUAAUGAUACUACUUACAUAAUUAGUAUAAUUCUAUGAAUUAAAAUCAUAUUUCUCUAUUUCUUCAGAAAAAACUUUGUAAAUUGACAAUAGUUAAUGAAACACUUUAUUAAACAAGAAUGAAAAGUGUCUAAUAGAAUUUAACAUAAUUGAAAUAAGUUAACAAAAAUAUUAACAAUAUCUCAGUCUUGUGACCUCGGAGCAUGAAAAGGAAAUGAAAUAUAUAAUAAGUUCAUAUGUAUGUCAGUUUUUGGCAUUCAGAUGUGAUAUAAAUCUGAAUGCAAAAAUAUAUGUCAUACGUAUAUUAAAAUAUGCAUACAUAAAAGUUAUUUGUUUUCUAUUCAGUUUUUAAUGUGAUUUAUUCACAAAAUAUGAAUUUAUAACAAAAUUAAAGAAACUGUUGAAAAUAUUGAUGUCUUGAAGGAAUAAUAUUAUAAAACAUGGAAUAAAACAUAUUAUAUAGUAAAUUACAAGUUGUAUAAGUGAUUGAAGAGUGCUCAUUUCAGGGAACAACCACACAUAAUGUGAUAAAUUUUUGAAUUGUAAUUUCAGCAUAGAAAAUGUUACAAUGUUAUUUCUUAUGAACUGAACACUCGACACAUUAAUUGUAUGUACACAAAAUGUCUUAUUGCAACUUUGAUAAACAAUUUAUAUAUUAAAACCACCUGAAUUCUACAAUAUUGAAUUUUAGAAAUAAAAUUCUCAAUGAUACAAUACAUAAGGUAAUGUCUCAUCAAUAUUUUUGAUAUUUUGCAACACAAACAAUAUUGUGUGCAUACAAUCAAUUUUAUUCAAAUUUUAAAAUGGAAAGUUUUUAUAUCCAGUUUUUCUACAUUGUAAAGUAUAUUAUUAGGUUAAGGUACUUGCUAAUUGUAUAUUUUUAGUUUUAUUGUUUUAUUAUAAGAUUUUUUCUACUCUUAAUUAUAUUUGUGAUACAAUUGAACUGAUUGUAUUUAUAGUAUGGUUAAUUUAGGAUACAAAUUACUGUUAACACAAAUAUAAUUAAUGAGUUGCAAUGAAGAGUGACUGAUGUGUGGGAGAUUUACGACAAAUUAUUUCGAUGUCAAUGCUUGUCACCGAGUGGCAUUAAUGCCAUGAUACUAGUCGUAGUUUACUUCAUAGUUUUGGCUUGCUGCAGUGAAUUGCUUCAUAUAUUUUUACAGCUGGGCAGAGGAUAAUAGAUUUGAAUAUUGGAGUGUGUUGUAUGGCCUAUCAAUAAGUUACGACACACCAUCACUUAGCACUUAUAAUUUCUCCCAUCGAUUAGCCAUUUUAUCAGCAAAAUAAUAUCAGAAGUUGCCUCCUAAUUACACUUCAGUUUCACAUAAUUUAAUAAUUAACUAUUGCUGUUGUCGAUUAACUUCUCAGAUGAAAUGAAAAUUCAAGUAAUUUACUGUCGCAAUUUUAGGUUUUAGUGUCGAUACCUAUCGCCAGCUAAUGUGAUAAACAUAUCAAUAAUAUAUACUUGCAUUGUGCAUCGAAGUAAAUGUAUGGUUGUGUGAAACCAAUAAAUGUAAGUUAAUGUAACUGCAGUAGAUGACCACGGUCAAGCAGGUUAACAGUUUAAUUGACUGCAUGUAAAUUCACUUUAAGAUGCAUUCCAGUAGGCCUAGUCGCUAACUGCUUUUGGAAGAUGGAAUUGAUAAUCACCAAGCUGUUUAGUGAUCCACAUCUGCUUUAUUAUAACACCACAAAUAUGCUUGUUCUGAAAAGCAUCAAUGAAUAUGCAACUUUCUCUUUAGUACUGUAAAUGUCAAAAAAGUUUGCGAAUAGGCUGGCAGUUAAUAUUUAUGGCAGAGAACGACCGUUUGCAGAUCAAAUUUUGUUUAAACAUGCACAAAACAUACUAAAUUAUAUGAUUUCAUAAUUUUUGUUGUAUACAUUGUAUAUUGUAUAUAUAUAUAUCCCUAAAAAACUAACGAAAUUAGUGGGACGUAUUUUACAUAUGACCCCAAAAGAUAAAAAAUGUAGUGUGCUGUUGCUUCUAAUACCACUAGAUGGCCCUACUCAAAAACUAAUUAUAGAAAGAAGGUGCUUUUACAAGCAAAAUCUAUGUCUAUUUCUUUGGUCACUCUCCCUUAACGUUUCAAAGCUACACAACUUAUUAAUAGCUUUUAAAAAAACUACUGUGACUGCUCAUAAUGCCGAAAUUAGCAUAACCUGCAUUGACUUUACCGUGAACAUCUUCUGCGGUGAGCAAGGAUUGUGAUAUCGAAUAAUCGUCUUAUUGCAAGCCUUACCCCAUCUACGAAAAGUUAUACAGAGUAGGUAGUUAAAAUUGAGAUUGCCUCAAUGACCUGUUACAUGUAGGUAGUGUUUUUACAAUGACAUGUUGUAAUUGCUAGAUUUAAUUUUUAUACACAGUGUGAGAUAGUUCUAAAUAUUUCCACCAACAAUAAAACAAUCCAAAUAAGCUGUCACAUUUUUGUUUGAUGUUAGGUAUGGCUUGUUGAAAGUUUUAGACUGUGAAGGUCAAGAUUUCUUAAUAGUCUGGUCUUAUUGAUUGUAUGGCUCUAUACAGACUUGCUGCCAUGAACUGUACACAGUCGACAUUAAGAUUAAAUGCAGUUUAGAUGCAUGCGAUUCGCUUGCGGCUUGCAGUCGACUGGCAGUUUAUGUCCAGCGCGUCUGUAAUAAGCUACAAAGCACCUCCACUAGAGAUCACUCAAAUUUUGUUUGAGAUCGAAUUCGCCAAAGUUGACAGCGUGCGUGGAGGGUAAGCCGCGUUUUGAUUGGACACGUUAGUAUGAUUUUUGUGAAAAGAUGUAUCGCCAUUGGUCGACGUCUGGGGGCGUGUCACACGCAUAUGUAGUAAUAAAUACAAGGGGGUGCCCAUUUAUGCCGUGUAUCUAUAGUGGGGGUUCUCUGUGAAAAAGCCUAUGAAAGUAAUAGGUAAGCUAAAUGCUUUCUUUUCUAUUAAAUUCUAUCUACGAAUGCUUUUUUACUUAAAGUAAUACAAUGAGGUUUUAUUUUCUUGACAAUAAUGUUUAUUGUACAUUGUUAUUGACAGAGCAACCCUGCGGUUUCAUUGUAUAAUUUAUUAAGUUAAUUUAUUUGGGUCACUAAAAUGGAUUUAUAAAGUGCACAAGACAUAUUGUAAGGACGCUGGCUGAGGUAGUUUGUAAAUAAAUCUGUUCAUUUUUCAUGAAUAAAUUAGUGCCAAUUAACAUAUUUAUUGCUUGUGCUAGUUGUUUUGUUGUGGCCUUAUUAUUUGAAUGAUGCCGUUUUCUGUAUUGUAUCGAUUUGAUGUAGCAAUAUCGUGAAUAUUUUUUCUUAUAUAAAUUUUACUAUUCUUCUUCACUUAAGUAAAAAUAUGGAAGGUUUGAGUAACGAGGUGCCGAUCACUCGAGUUCAAUGUCGAUAAUGGGAGAACAUAAGAUAAGGUAAAUGCCUAAAUUAGUAAUGUUUUUCAAAUUCUUUCGAUAGAUCAAAGCUCUAUGGUAUAUGGUACUAACGCAUCGUCGCAUCGUAGUUUCGUUUAUUCACCCCUAGAAAUGAUAAACUACUUACUAAAGAAGUACCUAAAAAUUAAUGGUCAAUUCAUACUAGCGUAGAGUCGUAACGUCAAUCAGAAAGGUAACAAAGCAAAUUCACCCUUAUCUCUGCAACGUAAAGCAUAUAUUCCUUGAGAUAAAAAGAGGAUUCUCGAAUGCGCGCGUCCGCGCGCUUUGAUUAACAGCUCGGAAGGAAUAUGUGCAUCACGUUGCAGAGAUAAGAGUGAACUUUGGUAUACUCUUCUCAAUGACGUUUCGAUGCGUUCGUAGGAACUGACUAUGAAUUUUUAGGUGCUUCUUUAGUACAGUCAAUCUGUCGAAAAAAAUAUCGUUUCAGUGAAAAAAAGACCUAAAGGGUAAGUCUUGUUUUUUCUGUUGCCAAAUGACGUCAGUAAGCCACCUUGGCGAUGGGCAUGUUCAACUCGUAGGCGUUUUUUGAAAAACUCAAAAAAACCGCCAAAAAUUUUUGAAACGCAUUUUUCUUGUUUUGUAUGCAUUUUAGAAACUUUUUUUUCGACCAUGAUUGUAGAGGGCGUUGAGUGCUACAAUUUAUGUCAUUGUUGCAAUCUCGUACAACAAAAAAUGCGCAUUGUAGGUGGCGCUAAAGUCUCAAAAAAAGUGUUUUUUCACUUUUUCACCCUGAAAAUAUCAUUUUAAUGGAAAACUUUAAAUGGCAAAGUUGUUUCGUACAUACCAACAACUUUUGUAUUAACAAUUUUUUUGUAUUACUUACCGUUUUCAAGUUAUAAAUUGCGCAGAUAUGAAAAAUCCAAUAGAGCGGUUUUGGGCAGUUCAAGUACACAUUUGCAGUGCACAUUUCAAUGUACGAGAUUGCAACAAUGACAUAAAUUGUAGCACUCAACGCCCUCUACAAUUAUGGUCGAAAAAAAAUUUUCUAAAAUGCAUACAAAACAAGAAAAAUGCGUUUCAAAAAAUUUUUGACGGUUUUUUUGAGUUUUUCAAAAAACGCCUACGAGUUGAACAUGCCCAUCGCCAAGGUGGCUUACUGACGUCAUUUGGCAACAGAAAAAACAAGACUUACCCUUUAGGUUUUUUUUUCACCACUCAACCUACAGAUUUACUGUACUACUUUGUGAUAAUAUAAGAAUCAGACAAUAACAAUAAAAACUUAGAGAAGCAUUAAAUUAAUUUGACGUUUCUGAGUACAACUACAAGACAUAAAUAACGUUGAAUGAUAUUAAAUUAAUAAUAAUUAGUCGGUUUUAUCUGUGACAGUUUGUUUAGAUUACAAAAAUGCUCUCAAGUAGGAAAGAGGAAUAUUGACCAUAAGAACCGGUUAUAUAUGAGACUAUGUAGGCGGGAAGCGGUUGAUCGAUUAGAAUGCAUUACGAUCCCAAGGGCCACUUGCAUCAAAGUUCCUAAAUAGUAAAACAAAACAAUAGGGAUGAUGACUAAUACUUUUUUCUUCGUUUAUCAGGUAGAUUAUCAAAAAGUAUUGGACACGUAUUUUUUCUUUUUUCACAUAAUAUAAACAUUGCAUAGAUAUAUUGAUUUGAAAAGUCGCUUGACGUCACGUUUUGGUAAAAUUUUCACUUAAAAGUGACGUCACUAGCCCCUACUCCCAAACUUUGACGCGCUAUAACUUUAGUCAUUUUUUGGUUGAUUGCCCAAAGAAAAAAUACGUGUUCAUUAUUUUUGAUAAUCUAACUGACGGACUAAAUAGAAUUUCGUUUACUGUACCCCGUCAUCACCCCUAUUAUAAAAACCUCAUUCUAUCUCUAUUGACUUAAAAUAGAUAAAUAAGGUGAUGCUUUAAAAGGGAAUAAGAUUUAUUUAACAACAUUGCUCCGAGUGACCCUUUUUCUUCACAAGUUUUUCUUCUUUUUUGAUCUCAAAGGGUUUAGCAAACUCCAUGCUUGAAUAAAAUAAGGUGAUUGCUACCUCUAAACUUGCUGCAAUGUCACUAAUGACACGGGGCGAGUUUACAAGCUACAAGCCAGCGAGUUCGCUAGUAGCUUGAAAGUCGCCCUAUAUCAUCGAGUAGCACAGAUGGUAAAAAAGCCAAUGACAAGGGGCGAGUUACAAGCUGCUAGCAAACUCCCUGGCUUGUUGCUUGUAAACUCGCCCCGUAGCAUCGAGGCUUUAGAGUAAACUAUAUAGUAAGGUUCACUUGCAUUCAUUAAACACAUUAAUUUCAUGACAAGGCAAUGGUAUUGACUUAUUUAAAGUUAUAUUUGUCAUGUAGAAAUGUCAUUUUUAAUUGCAGAGUGCCAAAACUUCGUUAUCUUAUUAAGUGUAAUAAUGACUGAUGAAUUAGUGUCUGUUCACAUAUCCUCGUCACGAUGUCGUCAUCGUGGAACGGUACGUUGAAAUACCGUGCAAAUUUACGACAAUUUUUGCACGAUAAGUUAACGCACCGUGCAACGUUACCGGGCUGGUAUUUUACGUUGACGACGUCUUGACGUGGAGAUGUGGACAGACUCUUACUUUAUUGAACCUAGGUAGUUAUUUGUAUUUAAAUGCGUGGAUUGCUAUUUUGAGUUGAAUCGUGCAAUUUACUUAAAUUAUCAUGUCUUGUAAACUUUUUUGAAUUACUGAAAAUAAUGUAAAGAAAGGUCGGCCAAUACAUGUAAUUUUCGUCUGCGUUAAUUUUUAAGAAAUAGGUAUUUUAGUUUUUAAAUUAAUAUUUUAACCGAAACACUAUUAAAUUGUUAUAAAUAUUAACUUGUCUGAUUUUAUUUAUCAAUUAGAAUUUGUCGUUGGAUUGAAAAAAAAACGUGGUAGGUAAACACCUAAUUCAAAUAUAUUAGGCGUUGCACAUUAAUUAAGACCCAUAUUAUAGAAAGAUUCUCAGUGAUUGAUGUAGUCUUGAGCAUAGUUAGAAAG